AUAUUUAUUUUAAUUAUUUUCACAUUUUAAACGUGGGCUGAUCGGGUUUCUGGGAUCUUCUUCUCCCACCUUAGAAAAUAUCUCAACCACUCUCCCUCUAUCAAUCUCCAGCCUGACGCCCUUCGCCUCACCUCAGACUAGUUGUCGCCGCACGUCCUGCUUCCGGUGUCGUCCUCCCGCUGCCGCCGCUCGCCACAUUUUCAGUAGUGGGGUUGAUUGAAGCGUUGAAAUAACAUACAAUGAGGCCUGAGAUCGUUCUGUUUGGGGAUUCUAUAACUGCACAAUCCUUUGGUUUAGGUGGAUGGGGAGCUGCGCUUGCUGACACUUACUCCCGAAAGGCCGAUGUCAUAGUUCGUGGCUAUGGCGGAUACAAUACUCGGUGGGCUUUAUUUUUACUUCAUCACAUUUUUCCCUUGAACUCAGAUUUGCUAGAACAUUGCAUUAUUGGUUCCCUAGAUACAUUGGAUGCAGGAUUUAGUGGCCCAGAAUCGAUUUGCCUUCACCAAAAUGCCUCAUUACUCGAAGCUCAGUUUACAAGGCAUCCCUCCCACAGCAGGAGUUUCCAGCCUUGCUUCCAUCCCAAAAAUUCCCCAAAGGCCCCCAUUGUCGUGACAAUAUUCUUUGGGGCGAAUGAUGCAGCUGUUUUGGGGAGAACAAGUGAGAAACAACACGUACCUCUUGAAGAGUAUAAGUAUAAUCUUAAAAAAAUGGUAAAUCAUUUGAAGGAGUACUCCCCAACGACGCUGGUGAUACUUAUUACUCCUCCUCCAGUUGAUGAGGAAGGGCGUAACGAAUAUGCACGAUCUCUUUAUGGUGAUAAAGCAAGGGAAUUGCCAGAGAGAACAAAUGAAGUAACUGGACUUUAUGCAAAAGAAUGCCUUGAAUUAGCUAAGGAAAUAGGUCUUCAUGCCAUCGAUUUAUGGUCCAAGAUGCAAGAAACGGAGGGUUGGCAGAAAAAGUUUCUCAGGGAUGGAUUGCAUUUCACACCAGAAGGCAAUGGAGUUUUGCACCAAGAAUUAGAGAAAGUACUCAAUGAAACAUCGGUUGCUGCUGCAAAAAUGCCUCUUGAUUUCCCACAUCACUCAAAGAUUGAUGGCAAAAACCCCGAAAAGGCCUUUCAAUAUCUUUCUUUGUGAUACACUCAUCGUCUUUGUAUCAUGAGGUUGAGGCUCUCUUGCAGAAGUUGAGGCUCUCUUGCAGAAGAUGGUUCAACAAAUUUCAACAUAAAUAUUUGUUUUUUCCCGCUUGGAUCUUAUGAUUCCCGAUCUACAUAUUGGAACGACGCAUCUCCUACUCAUCAAGUUCUGUCAAGAUGGAAAAAUUUUGUGUCUUCAUGAGGGACUCGACCUACUCCUGUAUGAUCCUAUCGCCCACAUGACACAUAAACCUUGACGGAUCAAGAUCCUGACAGCAAAAAACAUAUAGAGGUUUUCUCCAUCCACAUCUCCAACUUUAAUCCUCUUAGCUGAAGGUGCUGUUAUUUGAACCAUGAUUAUCGUUUGUUUUUUUCUUUAGAAAAUAUUAUGUUCAAGUUUUUUCCUCUCUCGUGAUAUCUUCUUUUUACUGUGACAAUAAAGUUGCUAUUUCUUUAGUCCAAAA